GCACUGGGUGCCGGCCGGGCCGCUUAGCGGGUGCACCGCGCCCAGAGGUUGCCUGAAGGGCUGCGGGGAAAUGGCGGCGUUGGGAGGUCUGCGGCUCCCGGGACGCGCGGUGCUGGCCCGGCGGCCCGUGGCUCCUGCCCCUGCUCAGCUGCUCCACCAGACGCCGGGGGCUGAGGGUGCUGAAAGCCCUGUCCCAGUCCAGCAGAAGAGCUCAGCUGUUGUCCAGAGGAAAUCCUACGUCCCCUCCAGCAGGGGCGAGUACAUUGUCACCAAGCUUGAUGACCUCGUCAACUGGGCACGGAGGAGCUCUCUCUGGCCCAUGACCUUCGGGCUGGCUUGCUGUGCAGUGGAGAUGAUGCACAUGGCAGCUCCUCGCUACGACAUGGACCGCUUCGGGGUGGUGUUCCGAGCCAGCCCCCGCCAGGCCGAUGUCAUGAUUGUGGCUGGCACCCUGACUAACAAAAUGGCUCCAGCUCUUCGAAAGGUCUACGACCAAAUGCCAGAGCCCCGCUACGUUGUCUCCAUGGGGAGCUGUGCCAAUGGUGGGGGUUACUACCACUACUCCUACUCAGUGGUCAGGGGCUGCGACCGCAUCGUGCCCGUGGACAUCUACGUGCCAGGCUGCCCCCCCACAGCUGAAGCUUUGCUGUAUGGAAUCCUGCAGCUUCAGAAGAAAAUCAAACGGGAGAAGAGGAUCCAGAUCUGGUACAGGAAAUAACCUCUAAUUUAUGACCUUUCCCCACUCACUGCCUGCUCAGGGCACUGCUCACCUUCAUACGCACAAGGACUCCGGGUCCUCACGAGCCUUCCAAUAAAACUCUACCUGGUUAAGGUGC